CCCAGCCCAGAGCUUAUAGGAAGAGGAAGCCCCAUCCCCGCGCAGAGGAGGAAACCCGCCAGCCCAGAUGUGCACGGAGCCACGCCGAUAGCACUCUUACUUCGUUGGGUUUUUUUUCUCUCUGCUCUGCAAACAGAGGAGCUGCCGGGCCAGCGGUGGGCACAGCCCGCACAGCAAACAGCGGGGCUGCCGGCAGGCUGCGGCACAGCCCUGGCGCAGCCAUGGGGCAGAAGUGCAUGGACAAGGUGUCCUCCUUCCUCUUCGAGUACGACACCCCUCGGAUGGUGCUGGUGAGGAAUAAGAAGGUGGGACUGACCUUCCGGCUGAUCCAGCUCGUUGUCCUGGCGUACAUCAUCGGGUGGGUGUUCCUCUACGAGAAGGGUUACCAGUCUCAGGACAGCAUUGUCAGCUCGGUCUCGGUGAAGCUGAAAGGGCUGACUCUGACCAACGAGAGUGUCCUGGGCCCUCACAUCUGGGAUGUGGUGGACUAUGUUUUCCCACCCCAGGGGGACAACUCAUUCGUGGUGAUGACCAACUUCAUUGUCACCCCUGGACAGAAACAAGGAACCUGCCCAGAGCUGCCAGAUGCUGGGCUCUGCACGCGAGACAAUGACUGUGCCCAAGGGAAAUACAGCCGGCAGGGACAAGGGCUCAUGACAGGCAAGUGUGUGCCCUUCAACAGCUCGGUGAAGACCUGUGAGAUCUUUGGCUGGUGCCCUGUUGAAGUUGAUGAGCAUGUUCCCAGCCCUGCCCUGUUGUCAGAAGCAGAGAAGUUCACCUUGUUCAUCAAGAACAGCAUCACUUUCCCCAAGUUCAAGGUGUCCAGGCGCAACUUGGUUGAGAGCGUUACCAAACAGCACCUGAAGAAAUGCACCUAUAACAAAGCCACCGACUCCUUGUGCCCUGUGUUUGAACUGGGAUACAUAGUGAAGGAAUCGGGUCAGAAUUUUACCUUCCUGGCUGUUAAGGGUGGAGUGGUGGGCAUCACCAUAGACUGGAACUGCGACCUUGACUGGCCUCUCCGGUACUGCAAACCCAUUUACCAGUUCCAUGGCCUUUACAAUGAUGACAGUAACGUUUCACCAGGCUUCAACUUCAGAUAUGCCAAGUACUACAGAGAAGAUGGGAUGGAAAAAAGGACCCUCUACAAGGUGUUUGGGAUCCGGUUCGACAUUUUGGUGAAUGGCAAGGCAGGCAAAUUUGACAUCAUCCCAACCAUGACCACAAUUGGCUCUGGAAUUGGUAUUUUUGGAGUGGCCUCUGUCCUCUGUGACCUGCUCCUGCUGCAUUUCCUGCAAGGACGGGACUAUUACAAGCAGAAGAAAUUCAAAUAUGCAGAACCGGAGCCCUUGAAGUCACACAAGAAGGAAAAGGAGCCGGACAACACGCAGUGA